CCCCCUGCGGGCGCUCUGCGUCCUGGGCUGCCUGUUGGGCCGCGCCACCGCCGCGCCGUCGCCCAUCAUCAAGUUUCCUGGAGAUGUCGCCCCCAAAACGGACAAAGAGUUGGCUGUGCAAUACCUGAACACCUUCUAUGGCUGCCCCAAGGAGAGUUGCAACCUGUUCGUGCUGAAGGACACGCUGAGGAAGAUGCAGAAGUUCUUCGGGCUGCCCCAGACGGGUGAACUGGACCAGGGCACCAUCGAGACCAUGCGGAAGCCGCGCUGCGGCAACCCCGACGUGGCCAACUACAAUUUCUUCCCCCGCAAGCCCAAGUGGGACAAGAACCAGAUCACCUACAGGAUCAUUGGCUACACCCCUGAUCUGGACCCCGAGACAGUGGACGAUGCCUUCGCUCGUGCCUUCCGAGUCUGGAGUGAUGUGACUCCACUGCGGUUUUCUCGGACCCAUGACGGAGAAGCUGACAUCAUGAUCAACUUUGGCCGCUGGGAGCAUGGAGAUGGGUACCCUUUUGAUGGCAAAGACGGGCUUCUGGCUCACGCCUUCGCCCCAGGCCCUGGCGUUGGGGGAGACUCUCACUUUGAUGACGAUGAGCUUUGGACCCUGGGAGAAGGGCAAGUGGUCCGCGUGAAGUAUGGGAACGCCGACGGGGAGUACUGCAAGUUCCCCUUCCUGUUCAACGGCAAGGAGUACACCAGCUGCACGGACACGGGCCGCAGCGACGGCUUCCUCUGGUGUUCCACCACCUACGACUUCGACAAGGAUGGCAAGUACGGCUUCUGCCCCCAUGAAGCCCUGUUCACCAUGGGUGGCAACGCCGACGGACAGCCCUGCAAGUUCCCGUUCCGCUUCCAGGGUACAUCCUAUGACAGCUGCACCACGGAGGGCCGUACCGAUGGCUACCGCUGGUGUGGCACCACCGAGGACUUUGACCGUGACAAGAAGUACGGCUUCUGCCCCGAGACCGCCAUGUCUACUGUGGGCGGGAACUCGGAAGGUGCCCCCUGUGUCUUCCCCUUCACCUUCCUGGGCAACAAGCACGAGAGCUGCACCAGCACCGGCCGCAGCGAUGGGAAGUUGUGGUGUGCGACCACGGCCAACUACGACGAUGACCGCAAGUGGGGCUUCUGCCCUGACCAAGGGUACAGCCUGUUCCUUGUGGCAGCCCAUGAGUUUGGCCAUGCAAUGGGGCUGGAACACUCAGAGGAUCCCGGAGCCCUAAUGGCCCCCAUUUACACCUACACCAAGAACUUCCGCCUGUCACAUGAUGACAUCAAGGGCAUUCAAGAGCUCUAUGGGGCCUCCCCCGACAUUGACACUGGCACCGGUCCCACGCCCACACUGGGCCCCAUCACUCCUGAGAUCUGCAAACAGGACAUCGUCUUUGAUGGCAUCUCUCAGAUCCGUGGGGAGAUCUUCUUCUUCAAGGACCGGUUCAUUUGGCGAACAGUGACACCACGUGACAAGCCCAUGGGGCCCCUGCUGGUGGCCACAUUCUGGUCUGAGCUCCCGGAAAAGAUCGAUGCUGUAUACGAGGCCCCACAGGAGGAGAAGGCUGUAUUCUUUGCAGGGAAUGAAUACUGGGUCUAUUCAGCCAGCACCCUGGAGCGAGGGUACCCCAAGCCGCUGACCAGCUUGGGGCUUCCCCCUGAUGUCCAAAAAGUGGAUGCUGCCUUUAACUGGAGCAAGAACAAGAAGACGUACAUCUUCGCUGGAGACAAGUUCUGGAGAUACAAUGAGGUGAAGAAGAAAAUGGAUCCCGGCUUCCCCAAGCUCAUCGCAGAUGCCUGGAACGCCAUCCCUGAUAACCUGGAUGCCGUGGUGGACCUGCAGGGCGGGGGUCACAGCUACUUCUUCAAGGGCGCGUAUUACCUGAAGCUGGAGAACCAAAGUCUGAAGAGCGUGAAGUUCGGAAGCAUCAAGUCCGACUGGCUGGGCUGCUGAGCUGUCUCUGCCUCCCCCAGGGCCUGCCUCUCUAUCACUCUCUGCACACCGGGCCCUGAGCACCAGGGAAGGACCCGGAUGGGCCUGGCAGCCCUCAGCUCUGUAGUUAAUCAGCAUCCUCACUCCCACCUGGUAACUUAAGAAACCACAGAGUGGCUCUGCCCUGUGCUCCAAGAAAGGUCCUGAUUGUACCCGUCCCAGGUGCCCCUCCCCCUCCACACCUCACCAGCCCUCCAGAGCCACCCCCAAAGAGAUGCUUUGAUAUUCUCAAUGCAGCCCUGUCUUGGGCUGCCCUGGUGCUGCCACCCUUCAGGCUCUUCUCCUUCCACAACCUUCUGUGGCUUUACAGCACCCUUGGAGCCAACAGAGACUGUCUGAAGAGGGCACUGGUGGCCCGACAGCCUGGCCUGGCAUGGGGCAGUGGGAGAGGGGCACGGCCCGGUGGCCACGCCAGACACCUGGCCUUCUCACUGCUGGCUGCCUUAGAACCGUCCCUACAUUAGCAGUUUGCUUUGUAUGCACUUUGUGUUUUUUUUGUUUUGAUCUUUUUUAUUUUUCCACUUUGAAAUUGCAUUUCCUGACAGAAGGACUCGGGUUAUCUGAAGUCACUGCACGAUGCAUCUCAGCCCACGUAGUGAUGGUCCCCUUGGUCACUCUAUUUAGUAUGUCCCUCCUCUGUCACUUACUCCACUGGAUGGAGGAAAACCAAACCCUGGCUCCUCACCCAGCUCUCCCCCACCCUCUCCCUUCAGCAGUUUCCCCGUGGGAAAAAUCAACGAGUAUGAAUAAAGACACCGAUUGAGUGGCCGUGUUGGCCGGCUGUUUUAGCAGAGACUAGAGAGGGGCCCCAGCCCCAGCCAGAAGAGGAAACUUAGAAAGUCUAAAUCUCCGCUCCCUGCAGCAUACAGGUAACACAUGCUGGAAAGGUCACAAAGAUGCCCAAAUAAACAGCGAGAGACCCAGGGUGGGUGAGCUGGAGUCCCUCUGCCCCGUGGAAAGAGCCCUGGAACAGCAGCGUUUCUGUUAUUUAAUUGCAGGGCCUUGUUCAAGGUUUCCUCUCUUCUUGAGUCUCAGUUUCUUCGUUGACAAUAACACCAAUUCUAAUACUAGUAACAGUGAACAACAGUAAUACCCCUUCCAUUAAUAGAAUGCUUACUAUAUGCCAGGCACUUCACGUGCAUCACUUCAUUUAACCUUUAUAGCAACGUAAAGAAGGGAGAAUAUUAUUAGU